AAAUGUUUUUUAUUUACAGCUUUACAUAUUUAUUUUAAAAUGUUAAAGAACAGACUGGCAACAAAAUUAUAGAGGACAAGAUGGAUGGUUUCACACUGGUAAAAUAUAAAAAACAUUCAAAAUUAAAAAGAUAUAAUAAAGAAGCUCACAGUUAUGCAAACAACGAUGAUUUAGUUGAUAUUGACGUUUGUAAACAGCAGAUUAUAGAUUGCAAGGUUGAACUUUCAGACAGUUUGUUUUUAAAACAGUUAGUGGCACUUCUUUUACACUCAUUAUCGUGUGUUUCAAGAUGCUGUACUUUCAACGAAGAAGAUUUUGUUAAAAACAAAGAUUUUAAAGAUAUUGUUUCUUAUGGCAUUGGAUCAUUGGCAAAUAGUAAAACUGCAAGAUAUCAAUUUUCCCUUUUAUUACUGUUAAAAGAAAAACUCGAGGUUAACACAUACUUGUUUGAUCCAAUUCUUUCACUAAAAGAACAAUUGCUUAUUGAGGAAUUGGGUGUUGAUGUCAUUCAAGAAAAUGAGGAAUGCAAACGAAAGGUUUCUGAAAAUACCAUUUUUUUAAUGUUACAUUGUGGAGAAUCAUUGUAUAAUAAUUUGCUAUGGUCAAACUGGGGUCCUUCCUUGCGUCACAUAUUUUUGAUUGGAAAUUCUUUUUCAAGUUAUUAUACCAGACUUACUUCAGAAGUGAUCAAAAAAAAAGCUUGGUAUAUAAAUGAGAUAUUAUCUCAUUGCAUCGAGCAUCCAAUUAUAAACAGUUUUAAAUACAGUGAUGUUUUCAAUGAUAGCGCUGUUCAUACAUUUCCUCAAAAUUUACUAUCAAAUGUGAAUACAGAUUUAUGGACAAAUAAUGUUGAACCUGUUGUUAUUAAUGAUAUAGAACUUAUUAGUAGAAAAUCUAUUGCUGAUGAAACCUAGUGUAAAAAUAA